CAAAUUUCCUUCAAAUAAAAUAAUAAACCACCCAACAUGAACAAACACAAACUCCUCGCAAAAUACUCCGAAGACAUUCGCAAGUACAACAAAAAAGCUUUCAGCACUCAACGUCGGCUAAAAUAACCUGAAAUCUCAAUUCACAAGAGGCUUCAGGAAGAUUUCCCUUGACUCAAAGCAAGAAGAAGACAAGGAGAAAGCUUAUCAGAAGAAAUUCGAAUUUUAUUAUAGAGAACUCAGGAAUCAGGACUUUAAGGAUGACAUAGCGAAGGUGGACACAAGCGAGACUGUCGUUAAGAAUGUAGGGUUUGAUAUGGCAAUGAGGAAGGCCACUGAGACCAAGACUGCGAAGGGCGGGUGUAGGAAUAAGAGUACGAGGAUUAGGAGGAAGAAGAGGUUAUUAUUGACGGGUGAGGGCAAUCCGAGUAAUACAACGAUGUAUCAUUUUACAACUCCGAAGAGGAGGUUCCGAGCGGGUGGGAAAAAGAGACUUCCGAGUAUUAAUCAUAGUAUGAAUCUUGCUGGUAAGACUCAGGAAAGGAGCACUGAUAAGUCUGUAAGAAUUCCAUCAAAGAAUUUUGUUUUGAAUAAUGGGUCUGCUUUUGGAAAUGAGGAGGGAUCGAGGACUACGAAAUUUGGGAAACUUCCAAAGUUACCUGAGAGAUGUAAAGCAAAGAAGAACUCUUUAAUUGAUUUGAAAUUAACUUCUAAUAAUGUAUUGAAUACUAAGCAUGAUAAUUUUGUAUCACAGCAAUUUACUCUAGACCCUGAUGCUAUAAUGGAUGCUACUAGUAAAGCUGCAAAGGAAAAUAAGAAUUUAAGUUUUAACCUUCCUGACAAUGCAAAAUUCAAGGAUACUACAAGUGACAAAAGUGAGAUACUUAGUAAGAAAGUGCUUUCUGUUAGAAGCAUCCCUAUGCCUAAAGUAACCCCUUUUGGCAAGUCAAUCUCUAUUAAGAAACAUGGUGCUAAGUUAUUCGACGAGGAAGAUGAAUAUUUGUGAAAAUGAUUCAAAACUAUGUGAGGGCAGAAUUCAGGUGAAAAUAUCAGAAAUUUUCGUUUGAAUCGGAUCAGUUUCAAAAAUUAUCUAUCCAAGAGGUACAAUUCCAAAAUUGCAGAGACAAUUGUAUCCUGAUUUGACUUCUCAAUGCCAUGGGAUCACACUAAUUAUUUUGAAGGUCUUGAGGUAUUCGUGAAUACUCCAAAAGAAUCCUUGUUGAAGCUGAUCUUUCAUUGCUUAGAUUAUAAUGGAGAUGGCUACAUUUCUCAUGUAGACUUGUUUAUACUCAUGAAAACACUGAAUAACAAUAUUUUUGUAAAUGUAGCAAGUCGAGAUAUUGUGGAUCUAGUGAAGUUCUUACAACAAAAAUUGAAAGAUAAAGGACUUGAUGACCCUGUUGAGUGUGAAAAGCGUCGCCUGGCAAAGAAUCUUGUAGAAAAUAAGAAUUUUAAACGCAAACAAUCAGCUGAUAAAGAAUCUCCUAAGGACGAUUAUCAAUCAGACAGUAUAUUUAAACUAUCCGCGCUAGAAAAAAUGGCUAAUAUUGUUGAAAAAUAACUCCCAGCACGAAGUCAAUACAACAAAGUUGCCUAAAUAGCACAAAAAUUGAAGACCCUCCUAUUGAAGCCAUGGACAUAAAGAGACCUAAAAAGUUUGGCGUAAGAGAUAUCUCUUAUGAAAUCUGUGAGAACGAUGAAAGCACAAUGAAAUGAUCUCUAGAGGAGUACCUUACAUACCUCACCACAGGAAAGCUUCCUGAUUUAUUAAUAGAUGUAUUCAUCUACCUUGGUGCAAAAAAAUAUGUAGAAUAUGCUAUCGAAGGUUCAAAUAAAAAGAACCUAAAGGGAAUGGACUCAGAGACCCUCUCAGCACUUGAAAGGAGAGGGAAAAUAAAGCGACAAUCUACACUUAAAAUUGAACGCGAUUUGGAUAAAUGGAGAGAUCAACUUGGCGAAGAGACUGUUGAUGACUUCUGAUCUGCUUUUGCAAAGCUUUGCAAUGAUAAAAAUAAAUCAGAAAGUGAAUUAAGCAUCAGUCUAGAGUCUGUAGUAGACAAUUUUGAAGGCAUUUUUGGAGUCAAGAAUGACUUCUUGGCUAAGUGUAUUUACUACUUCCUAACAGGGGGGUAUUUGAUGAAAGAUAUCAGGAUUACUGACUUUAUUGAGAAGUUUAUGUGUUUUGGGACAGGAAUGAAGAGAGACUUUUAUAAUUUUAUAUUUAAUUUCUUUGAUGUUAACAAGGAUAAUCAAGUCACAAUGAUAGAUUUAUUAUUCUUUUAUACCUAUUUGCCCAAAAAUACUCAAUUUGGGGCUGAAAUAGCUGAUUCAAUAGAGUUGUUUUCUAAAAAGUUUAUUAUGGCGAGGGGAAGAAGACCAGCUGAAAUGAAUGUUGAGGUAUUCCAGCAUUUGUUUCCAGAACUUCCUUGAUUUGUUACUGAAAUUAUGAAUAAGUUAUUCAAAAAAUCGCAGACAAUAGACAUGAAGUCAUUAAAUACAGUGAAAGGAGUAAAAUCAGCACUGAUGAUUGACCCAAGUUUGGACUCAGAGAAGAACCCAGAUUUGUUUUACUACAAUUUUGAUGUUGAUUUCUCCAUGAAUUCUUACCAUGUUGAGAAGCCUUUGAAGAGAUAAUUAUUCAAUAUAUUUAUUUCUAACAG